AUGAAUUUAAUCAAUUAAUGUUAAUAAUCAAAUAUUUCAUGCAUAUGUUAUUCAAUUUUGGUUGGAUAUGCUACUAUAAUUACACUUAUAGCUUUUAAAGCUAUAAACAGAAUGAUGAAGUCUUCAAUUAGUAAUCAAGAAUUAACUCCAAUGAUAUUAUGCAUUGUAUAAUCUCUCUUACAUAUUAUUCAAUAUGCUGUGACUGAAAACAAUACCAUACAAAUAAUUACCCUCUAUUUUUAAAUCCUUAUUUUCACAUCGAUUUCCUUUUUAUUUGCAAAACUUUGCUAUUAAGUGAAGACUGGGACACUUAUUUUGAGAAGCUUUAAAAUGUUUAAAAUUCUACAAUUUAUUUUUUAUGGAAUAAUUUUGGUAUUUUAAGUUUUUGCCCUCAUAUUGUCAAACAAGGACUCAUGUGAUAAGUAAAGCAACUUCUUAAUAAUUUAGAUAUUAUUAUCUUAGCAUAAUUCUAAUUAUUGUUUAACAAAUUUCCUCUGCAAUCAUUACAGGAUAUUUUGGAAAUAAUUUACUUAAAAAACUCUCAAGAGUGAGUUAAUACAUACAAUUUAAAACCAUGAAUCCAAAUGCGUAAUCAAUUAAUAAAUCUUAGUGUUUAUGAUUCGUAUAUCAAAUUGUCCUUGUGUAAUCCAAGAGCUACGAUCAUAGAGCCAAGAGAAUUGAUUUAAACAACCAAGUAAAUUAAAAUUGUCCUAUGGCUAAUGCUAAUAACCAUAGUCUUAUACAUAUCCUUCAUUUUAAUUGCUAUACUAAGAUUCAAAAAAGUGACUUGUGAGCAUACAAUAGACAAGAAUAAUUACAACAUCUUAAUCGUAGUGUAUGGAAUCAUUUAAAUGACUCCAUGUCUGGUGAUUCCUUAUGCAUUUGGAUUUAUUCCACAAGUGUAGGCUUAAGGUUAAGAAUACGAUGAUUGCCUCAUAAUUUUAGACAAAUCCUAGGUAAAAUCAAAAGAUUCAAUUCAAAUUUGA